UCGGAUCCUUUGGCAGAAGGGGUGAACGGCCUCAUUAAACUGUCCUUCAAAGUAGCAUUAAUUAUAAGGCCUUUACAAGGCUGCUAAUAACAGGCUAUAGGCUACUAAUAAUAAUUAUAUUCAACUGUUUGAAACCAAAUAACAAUAAAAACAUACUAGCCUACUAGUACAAAUUAUAAUAAUGAUAAUAAUAAUAUUUAUGAUUAUGAUCAUUAGUGUUAUUAUUGUUAUGUUAUUGUAGUGGGUUAUGUCGCUGCUAAACGGGUUUAAAUCAGACCCAAAAGUCCUAGUUUUCAUUGUAUUUUCAACCUGACGUCUGUUUCGCACCAAGCCUUCAGACUCACCGGUCUAAACCAGUUCAUAAACUCUGACGCCCUCUUUAAAAUCAAACUGUUCUUUACGAAAAACGUCUCACUCCAGCUGAGAUGGGUGCACCCAUAGAAUGGCGAAACUCGUCUACAAAUUCACCCCCUCACCCUUUGAAGUCAGCUAGUUUAAGCCCUUUUAGGUCUAGUUGUAGACUAUCAAACUAGCAUAUCCACCCGAUCACCCUUUAAACAUAACACACAGGGGUCUGAUAUCCCCACUACAUUAGAGCAAUGACGAUGGACCAAUCAGAGAGCCGCUAUAGGAUCACCCCUGGUCCUAUAUUCAUACACAGAUUCAAUUAACUCUCCGCUACGGAGGCCGGGCCGUCCCACUUGCCUGGUUCACGACGACGGUAAUAGUUUCUCCAAUAUUGUCUUUUCAUUUUCAUAUGUAUGUAAUAAUAAACCAAUUGUCUGAUGCUUUCAAUAGAAUUGCGCUCGUCUCAAGGGACAUGCACGCGCCUCGCCCCCGCGUGCUCCCGCUCAAACCACAUCAACCAAGCGCGGCAGGUACUCGAGGGGAGGGACUCAUUGGCAGGUGCGGCCGACCAAUCAGUGCGCGCCACUGGCUGCUCGCGCCCCGGCCGAGGAGAUGUGAACGCUCGAGGUUUGGACGCGUUUUGCUCACACUGCCGCACGUCUUGUCGGAGUGCGCGAGACUCUCCCUGGAUGGAUCUGUAGGACUCGCGCAGGCAGGCACAGCGGUGACCACAUCGGACGAGCUCGAGCCAGCGCGUCAGCAAGCCAGUCCACUAAACCAAACACCACCCGCCGCCACUCGGUCCCCUUCGUCAUGGGUCUCUGAGAGGAGGGGGGGUCCACCUCCUGCAAUCCUGAAGCGGAAGUAAGACCCACGCGCUUUCCGCGCUUUUCCAACUGGAGCUCUCGAGGCUGCGUCCCCGGAGCGCACGAGCGCACCAUGUUUUCUUCAGCGGCGGGAAAACGCUGCUUCACCAUCGAGUCCCUGGUGGCCAAGGAGAGCCCCGCGUCCCCGGAGGAGCCCGUCCGCCCCACGGCCCUCAGCUACUCCCACCACGGCGCCGCCCCGGAGGCCUUCAUGAACGGGUACCAGGCGCCGCAGGGCCGGUCCCUGUACCCGAACCCGGAGCUCGUUUUCCCGGAGUCGGUGAACCACCACCACGCGCUGAGUAUGGCGCCCCACGGCCACCACCCACUGGGGGGGGCGGCCCACCUGCAGCACCCCGCUGCCACGCACUUCUUCGGGUCCCAGCACCGGGACCCGCUCAACUUCUACCCCUGGGUGCUCCGGAAUCGGUUCUUCGGCCACCGGUUUCAAGGGAACGAGGUGUCCCAGGAUGGCCUGCUCCUGCACGGGCCCUUCGCCCGGAAACCCAAGCGUAUCCGCACGGCUUUCUCGCCCUCGCAGCUGCUGCGGCUGGAGCGAGCCUUCGAGAAGAACCACUACGUAGUCGGCGCCGAGCGGAAGCAGCUGGCCCACGGCCUCAGCCUGUCCGAGACCCAGGUGAAGGUGUGGUUCCAGAACCGGAGGACGAAGUACAAGCGGCAGAAGCUGGAGGAAGAGGGCCCGGAGAUGCAGCAGAGGAAGAAGGGGAACCACCACAUCAACCGCUGGCGCCUGGCCACCAAGCAGGCCAGCUCAGAGGACAUAGACGUCACCUCCGAGGACUGACGCGCCUCCUCACACACACACACACACACUAACACACCCCCGUCACCGUCAGCCACACACACAUACACCAAGAUCCUUCAUACACACACACACACACCCUCCUUACAGUCACACACACGGACUCCCUCCUCAUGCCACACACACACAAAGAUCCUUCAUACACACGCACGGUCAUAAACACACACACACAAUCUUUUCAUA